CUUAUAGGAUAUGAUGGCAAAAACAUUACAGAUGUGCUCUAUCAUUGUCAACAACUCCGCCCCUAACUACCAGUUUUUGUGCUGCGGGUCUUCAGCUGGAUAUAUCUCAAUAUUUCUGCUGUAAACAACAUAUUACAAGUUCUGCUUUAUUAAUCGGUCAGUUUGAGAUUCAGAAACCAGAAUGUCCAGCACUGGUCCAGCAAACACAAACUCUUCAACAUUCGUCAUCCAGGUUCAACCAGCAACACAAGCAACACCUGUUACGAUGGUGACACAUGCUCCCGUGCCUCUUUGGGGAAUUCAGGAGUUUCUGAAAGGCCAACCGAAAGCCCUUGGGACGGUCCAGAUAAUGAUUGGUCUGCUGACACUCCUGUUUGGCAUUGUGUCUACAUUUAAUGGAUUUUCCGCCUUUGUCAUUAGUGGUGUUCCUUACUGGGGAUCUAUCAUGUACAUUACCUCAGGAGCACUCUGCAUUGCUGCAGAAAAUCAAAUAAAUUCACCCUCCAGUUUGUGUUUGGUGAAUGCUUCACUUGGAAUGAACAUUUUUAGUACUAUAACAGCAGGCAUCUCCAUUAUUUUUAUUUCACUGGAUUUGGUUAUGAGGCCAUACCCUUACUGUACCACAUACUGUUAUGUAUUUGGAAUGUAUCAGACUCUCUUCAUUGGAAUCAGGGUGGUGCUGCUGUUAUUCGCCGUGCUUGAGUUUAUCAUCUCCAUCUGUCUUUCAGCAUUUGCUUGUAAAACCUGCUGUUGUUCUUCUCAGGAUCAGGGACGAUGAGAUACCUACGACAUCAUGUAUCACGGAAAUGAUUAGCCCCUGGCCUGAGAAACUCUCAAACUGUGCAGCUCAUUCAGUCUUCAUUCCUUAAAAACUGUAUAUUUGCUUUGUUUAUAAGUAAGCAAACUACCAGAGCUUUGUUGAUCAUGAUAUUGUGCUUUAUUGCCCUGGUUUGCAUGUUUCUUUGAGAUAAAUGACACAAUUAAUGUAAAAAAUACAUGUGUAAGGUUCUUAAUUUCAACAUAAAAUUAUAUUUUUCACUUGGACAGAUUGAAAGUGUGUUU